UCCAAGCGGACCGGAAAUUUAUCCGAGCAAUCAAAAUUUCUCCACUUUCGUUAAAAUUUUAGCAUAUAUCAGCAUAAAAUCUAACAUCGCGUCGUCUCUUGCUUUCGGUUCAGUCUCAAUUUUCGUUUUAAAGUGCACUUUAGCAUACAUCUACGUCGCUCGUUUUCGUAUAGUGUUGCGUCUCGCGCGCACAAAAUAAACUUUCGCAGGUAGGGGUAACGACUCUCCAGUCUUGCAGUCCGUAUAAAAGCGUACUUUGAUGCCGGUUGUCGCUUUGUUGUUUAUAACUAUUCACGAGGAAAGGACAAACUAGCUCAAAAUCUCCCGAUCAUCAUGAAAUACUUGAUUGUCUUGGUCGCCUUGGUUGCCUACAUCCAUGCUUUUCCCCAAAAAGAUGGAGCCCAAUUCACCAACGAAGCCAUCAAACAAGCCCAAAGCCAACAAUUGAUCCCCGCUGGAGCCCAAAUCCAAAACGUCCAAGAAGGCGUCGAAUUGGGAGCCUAUGAAAACAUUCCCGGAGGACAACGUGUCGAUUUGGUCUCAAUUUUGGGAGAUCACGUCCCUCAAGAAGUUAUCCACAACUUGCAAUCACAAAUCGAUGGCAUCGGCCGCUCAAGAUAAAUUUCAUGCCCCAUGGAAAAGUACUCUAGCGAUAAUUUAAAUGUGAAUUAAUGUAAAAUUUUAUAGUGUAAAAAAAUA